AUGGCCGAUCUGCUCCGAGUCAAGAAGAUCAGCGAGCACGCCACCCUGCCCGUGCGCGGCAGCGACGGCGCGGCGGGAUACGAUCUCGCGUCCGCUUACGACUACGUAGUGCCCGCCCGCGGCAAGGAGCUCGUCAAGACCGACCUCUCCAUCGCCAUUCCCAAGGACACCUACGCGCGCAUCGCCCCUAGGUCCGGACUCGCGUGGAAGCACUUCAUCGACACCGGCGCGGGCGUCGUCGACUACGAUUACCGCGGCAACGUCGGCGUCAUCCUGUUCAACCACGGCGAGAAGGACUUUGAGGUGAAGAAGGGUGACCGCGUCGCUCAGCUCAUCCUCGAGCGCAUCACCACGCCGGAGGUUUUGGAGGUGGAGGACCUGGACGCCACGGACCGAGGUGCGGGAGGAUUCGGAUCCACCGGCGGAUUCCAGCCCCAGCAGUGA